CUUCCACCAACCAGCAGCAGCAGCAGCCAGCAAACCAAACCUCUAAACAUGGCAUUCAAGUUCGUCGCCCUUUUCGCCCUGAUCGCCGCCGCCAGCGCCGGAGUUCUUCCCGUCCAGCAGGUGUACCACGCCGCCCCCGCCGUGGCCACCUACGCCCAUGCCCCGGUUGCCGUGGCCCACGCCCAGCCCGUUCUGGCCAAGGCCGCCGAGGAGUACGACCCCCAUCCUCAGUACAAGUACGCUUACGAUGUCCAGGACGCCCUCUCUGGAGACUCCAAGAGCCAGGUGGAGGAGCGCGAUGGCGACGUGGUCCGCGGAGAGUACUCCCUGAUCGAUUCCGAUGGUUUCAAGAGGACCGUCCAGUACACCGCCGACCCCAUCAACGGAUUCAACGCCGUGGUGAACCGUGAGCCCCUGGUCAAGUCCGUCGCCGUUGCCCCUGUCGUCAAGACCGUAGCCGCCCCCGUCGCCCACUACGCCGCCCCCGCUGCCUACACCUCCUACGCCGCCCCUGCCGUCGUGAAGACCGUGGCCCCCGUUGCCCACUACGCCGCCCCUGCUGUGGUCAAGACCGUUGCUCCAGUGGCUCACUAUGCUGCUCCUGCCGUGGUCAAGACCGUGGCUCCAGUGGCCCACUACGCCGCCCCCGCUGCCUACACCUCCUACGCCGCCCCCGCUGUCGCCUACCACCACUAAGAACUGCCCACACUGCCCUUUUUUGUUAUAGUUUUAC